GUAUUGAACCAGGCAGUAAGUAAUGUGUUAUUUUAUACAAGGAUAUAUCUGAUAAUAUUUAACACAGCUGCAAAUCUCUAAAUCAUAUUACAGAAACUGCUGUAAUAGAUCUUAUCUGUGCUAUGACAAGCUACCAUGUUAACUAGGUUUACCUUUAAAUGAUGUACAAUAUUAUAAAUCUAUUUCAAACCUUGGGUUUCAAAUCAAAGUUGCAAUGGGAACUCUCAGUGCUGUUAACUACUGUUAGCAUUAAAUGUCUAAAGCCAAUAAAUAAAGUGGUAAAUGUGGGCCAGAGAAAAAAAGAGUACCCUAGAUACUUUAAGCAUGUGGAGAGAGUUUUGAAAUGUUUUGUCUACAUCUAGUCUGAAUUAGGGGCCUUUAAAGUUUACAUGUGAAAUUGAAAUGUAUUUGUGUUUACUAUGGAACCAUACUUCAGUGCUAAACUGGGAUUCUUGAAACACCAUGGAGACCCACUGGGUGACAGCCUAAAAGGAAGUCAAUGGCAAACCUCUUCUGAAUCUUGCUAAGAAUAUCCUAUGACAAAGUCAUCAUAUGUUUGAGUUUACUUGAAGACACAUAGGUAACACAGUGUUACCUUUUUCUUUGAAUCUUAUUGUUGUCCAUCACUGCUUCAAUCUGAUGGAGAAAACCACUGGCUAUGAAAGAAUUUGUUGUAGUCUGGCAAGCAUCAGACAAUUUUUCUGAAUGUUCAGAGGAUGAGGGGGAUGAUGGGUUCUAAAAUGAGGCAUCUGUGAGUGUUCAGGGGGAAUUGCAGACAGGGGAAGCUGAUGCUUGGAAUUCUUCAGAUAGUUCUAGGUAACCGAGGAAACUGAAAGUACCAGCUCCCUUGAGAAAAGGCCUUGGAAAGACGAGGAGGUUUCAAGAGAGUGUAGAUUAGAUUUGAGAACUCAGGGCAUGAAAAGGCAAACUAGAUAUUCCCAGUGGAUUCAAGAUAAGACCUUCAGGGUCCACGGGCAGGAGUGUUCACAGAUCUUAAGUCUGAGUGAGUUAAUAACUCAGACCAUAACUGGCUACACUAAAGAAUGAUGUAAGUGCAGAUCUUCCAGUCAAAUCCAACAUGGGUGCAAACACCUCGAGCAAGACACCAGUGUUUAAUGAGAAUGGUGAUGUUACCUUUGACCACUUUGAAAUUUUGCGAGCCAUUGGGAAAGGCAGUUUUGGAAAGGUAUGCAUUGUCCAGAAGAAUGACACCAAGAAAAUGUAUGCCAUGAAAUAUAUGAACAAGCAAAAGUGUGUAGAGCGGAAUGAAGUGAGAAAUGUCUUCAAAGAGCUACAGAUCAUGCAGGGGCUGGAGCAUCCUUUCCUUGUGAAUUUGUGGUAUUCAUUUCAGGACGAGGAAGACAUGUUCAUGGUGGUUGACCUGCUUCUUGGAGGAGACUUGCGUUUUCACCUACAGCAAAAUGUCCGUUUUCAAGAGGGUACCGUGAAACUAUUCAUCUGCGAGUUAGCCUUGGCAUUGGAUUAUCUUCAGAGCAAAAACAUUAUUCACAGGGACAUAAAACCUGAUAACAUCUUGCUGGAUGAGCAUGGACAUGUGCACAUCACAGACUUCAAUAUUGCUACUGUGCUCAAUAAAGACAUGCAGGUUACCACCAUUGCUGGCACAAAACCAUACAUGGCCCCUGAGAUGUUUAGUUCUACAAAACCUAUUGGCUAUUCCUAUGCUGUUGACUGGUGGUCAUUAGGCAUUACAGCCUAUGAACUUCUUAGAGGCCGGAGGCCAUAUCACAUCCGCUCUAGUACAGCUGCAAAUGAAAUUGCUCAUGUUUUCAAGACGGCUACAGUCAUGUAUCCUGCUGCUUGGUCAAAGGAUAUGGUGUCAUUAAUUAAAAAGUUAUUGGAGAUAAACGCAGAGGAACGAUUUUCUCAGCUGAGUGAUAUCCAAGACUUUGCUUAUUUGGCUGAUAUCAACUGGGAUGCUGUUCUACAAAAGAGAAUAAUACCUGGAUUUCUUCCUACUAAAGGGAAGUUGAAUUGUGACCCAACCUUUGAACUUGAAGAAAUGAUCCUGGAAUCCAAACCACUUCAUAAAAAGAAGAAGCGCCUGGCUAAGAAGGAGAAGGAGAGUGGCAAAAACGAUUCCAUCCAGGCUUGUAACCUCCAGAAACACCUGGAAUCAAUCCAAAAAGACUUCAUCAUUUUCAACAGGGAAAAGAUGAGGCAGCAGCAUAAUGAAAUGCAAGAGAACUUGAUGUUGACACAAACCAAAGACAACCAGGAAGAAGAUGACCAGAAUAAUAAUAUCUGAAAUCCAUUUGGCUUCUGUUCAGGUGCUGCUGUUGAAGGUCUAGGCUUUGAGUUUAGCUAAACCCUGAAUAAAACUUCACACUGCUAUUAAGAACGGCUGGCACUUGGAGCUAAAACCUGGGUGUCUCCUCCUAACAUGAGAAGUUAGGGCCUAGUUCCUUGCAAUAGUAUAUAAGGCACAGGCUCUCAUUUUUAUGCCUUCACCAGUGUUUUAAAAAGUUUGACCAUAUGGAAAGAAUCUGGUAUUUUUUCCUCAAUAGUAGAAGAUUGAAGUCACUCCUUGUUUUAUUUAUGUGGCACUUCUGAUGGCAAGAUAUUAGGGCUGCUGAGGAUUGGGGUCAGUCAACUGCCAAUAGGAAAACUUUACAAGAUUUUUAUUGUAUGUUUGCCAGGUGGAUGGUUGCUUUUUUUAAUGGACGUUUGAAAAAGAUGGGAAAACUGCAAAUGCAGUGCAAUAGUCUAAUGUCAAAACCAGCAUAUUCAAUACCAGUACUCUUCUAAUCUAAAAAUUAUAUUCCAUUUAUGAGCUCACAGUAGAAAAGGGAAAUUACCUAUAGUUUCUUUGCUUUGAGAUUUUUCCACUGUUGGCAGCAUGUAUAAAUUAACUUAAAAAAAUUAAUCCAGCAUACUUAUAAAUAGAGAAUCCACAUGUAAAGCCCUAGAGCUCCUACAUGAGGCAGAAAUUACUGAUAGCAUGAACAAACCUAAAAUAAAAUAUACUGAGAUCUUUUACUAGGACCUGCUUAGAAAUAGAAUUCACCAGCAAGUGCAAUGGACAAUCCAUCAUUGUAGGGAGAGGGCAGUGGGAUGAACGGAUGCUAAACAUUUUCAAAAGCUUGUAUCUACGAAGAAUAGCUAUAGUGCUACUUACUCUAAACAUUUGGGAAAUUACUGUGAUCAAUAUCAUAUGCUUGAUAUAAACUGUGAUUACUAUAUCCUUUGUAGCCUGAGAUUGCAAUUUGAUACAGUUAGAUCUGCUAAGAGCUGUCAUACAUCUGAAGCACAGAACAGUAGGAUAAAGGGAGCAUAGCAAACAUUAAAAUGACAUAAUGCUUCACUUUUGGGGGAUUACUAAGAAUUGUUCUUUAAGGGAAGAGUAUUUUAUAUGUUGGAAAUUCAUUUAGUUUAUCAGCCCUGCUUUAUGUCCCAGUUCCCUUUUAUCCCUUCCUAUAUUUCAUCUCUCUUCAGAUAUAAUAGAGUCGGUUAGAAGACAAAGCCAUAGCAGUUGAUGUAAAAAUCAAGCCCAUAAUCUCGAUUUUCUUCGUUUUUAUGAGGCUCUUUGCAAUUGGAGCCAAAAUGAGCUGGAAGAUUGCUUCGCCGCUUUAAGGCCCACUGCCCUCUGGUGGCCUUCCAGUUUUAAGUGUUUCUUUGUUGUUUUAAAGACAAAAGGUUUCUUAGCAAACAGGAAGUACAAUGCUGCAGCAAGUUCAGUACUUCUCACUGAUUUCAAAGGAAGAAUUAAACUUCUCCUGUUAGUGUCCAUUGGCCACUAUUAUACAUAAGCUACUUAGUUCAACAUAUUUAACUAAAAAUGUUUCCUGGUUCAAACCCAAUGGACAUGUCAUUCAUGUUUUGAUGCCCAACAGAAUGGACUUUCUUCUACCCACACAGUUGGUGUCUGGUAAAAUAGGUUGUAGGUAUUGAUAUUGUGGCAAUAGUAUUAGGAUUAUGAUUAGCAAUCCUGUAUAUGGAACAGUUACAGUAGAGUCUUGCUUAUCCAACAUAAACGAGCCAGCAGAGUGUUGGAUAAGUGAAAAUGUUGGAUAAUAAGGAGGGAUUAAGGAAAAGCCUAUUGAACAUCAAAUUACAUUAUGAUUUUACAAAUUAAGCACCAAAACAUCAUGUUUUACAACAAAUCGACAGAAAAAGCAGUUCAAUACAUGGUAACGUUAUGUAGCAAUUACUGUAUUUAUGAAUUUAGCACCAAAAUUUUAUUUAUUUAUUUAUUUAUUUACAGUAUUUAUAUUCCGCCCUUCUCACCCCAAAGGGGAUGCAGGGCGGAUCACAUUAUAUACAUAUAGGGCAAACAUUCAGUGCCCAUAUACACACAGAAAUGAGACAGAGACAGACGCAGAGGCAAUUUAACCUUCUCCUGAGGGGAUGUUCGAUUCUGGCCACAGGGGGGAGCAGCUGCUUCAUCAUCCACUGUGAUGGCACUUCCUCAUUCCAACAUUGUAAAUUACUUAAAUUUGCCUCCCCACUUUAUAAGUAGUACCUUAUUUCCUACUUGAUAGAUGCAACUAUCUUUCGGGUUGCUAGGUCAGCAACGAGCAGGGGCUACUUUUUUUUUAAUUGACGGGUGCUCACCCCGCCACGGGCUGGCCUCGAAGUCAUGACUUUAUGAUCAGAGUGAUUUAUUGCAGCAGGCUGCUCAUCAACCUGCGCCACAGCCCGGCCCCACAAUAUCACAAUGUAUUGAAAACAUUGGCUACAUAAACAUUGACUACUAAAAGGCAGACUGCGUUGGAUAAUCCAGAACGUUGGAUAAGCAAAGGUUGGAUAAGCGAAACUCUACUGUACUUAGAUUUACUCACCCAUAACUGUUCCCUGGACAUUAAGUCUAGUUGUGUCUGACUCUGGGGGUUGGUGCUCAUCUCCGUAGAGCUGGCAUUUUCCGUAGACACCUCCAAGGCCAUGUGGCCAGCAUGACUGCAUGGAGUGCCAUUACCUUCCCGCUGGAGCGGUACCUAUUGAUCUACUCACAUUUGCAUGUUUUCGAACUGCUAGGUUGGCAGAAUCUGGGGCCAACAGCGGGAGAUCACCCCAAUCCCCAGAUUCAAACCACCGACUUUCAGUCAGCAAGUUCAGCAGCUCAGCGGUUUAACCCGCUGCUCCACCAGGGCUUCCUGACACCAUUCUGCCACAAUCAUAACUCUUCUCCUCCCUGACUUUAUCAGGUAUCAGCUAAUACAAAGAUCUUUGCUGAUGAAUGAAACACAGGUGAACCCAUCAGUUUUGGGGUGAGAAGUUGGGCCAAGACAGGUUACUGAUGCAGAAAACCAGUAAUCACCUUUUGACAUUUUAUUAUCACAUUAAAGCAGGACACAGGCUCCUUGGAGAUAAAAUUGUGGCUUAGAAAAUUAAACAAAAAGUUGAUUGCAGCUAACAUUGCAUACCAUAUUUUUUAUUUAUAUUUCCUACAGAAACUAAUAUGUAUUGCUUUUUUCAACAAAACGCCAGGAAUGCCUUCUACCAAAUAAACCAAAUCUAGGUUGCUGACUGAGACCUUGCGCUUCUAGCUGCUUUAUUCUGAGAUUAACUGGUUAGAAUUGAAACUGUUUUGGAGCAGGAGUUCCAGAACUGUACAGUUUUCAGAAACUGAAAAGUAGCUGUAAUCAGGAAAGUGGCUUCAAUGCCCGCUGUGACCAUUAUGCUCAAAAAGUCGUUGCCUUCUACAGAAUAAUUCAGACCAAUGCCUGUCUAGUUUAUAAAAACUUACCUGCUGUUGCCUAAGCCAGGAUGUAUUUAUUGUAGAAUCACGGAAAAACCUAGUCAGUCAUCUAGUUUAAGAGAAAAAUAAGAUAGCUUUCCUUUCUUCAGUCAUGUUGUAUAAGAGGCACUAACUGUCUUGAGUAAGUCCUAUGACGUGCUUGUUGUGCUGUACUGCCUCUCGCUUUUGGCCUGGCCUGCUGCACCAGGCUGAAUGUUGAUGGCACUGCAUCUCACCUGCCCAUCCCCAUCCCCAUUUGAAGACAUCAGUCCUUACUUCUCACUGUGGUACAGCAUCAAGAAAAAUCUAGCCCUUCAAUGUGGCAAUUGUUUAGACACUCACUACUGACUCCCAUUUACUAGCACUCUCUGACUUCCAUUUACAUUGAAUUAUCCUAAUUUGCAUAUAAUGAAGACACAUAGCUUCUCUGGGGACAUGGGACAUGGGACAUGGUUACAGGAAGAGGUAAUAGCUUUGUCAGUUUGCUAGUUGUUUUUUUUGGGGGGGGGGAGUUUAAAAGGAUAUUACCUCUGACUAACCAAUAACAUCAUAUGAUGGACAACUUCACAUGGAUCUCAAUACCAGUGAUUGAAUGGAUGCUGUCUUAUCAGUACUCAUAGAAGAAGGCAGUGAUAAUCCUUGCAGAGUGCUUUCAGUCUGGAAGUAUCUAGUGAUAAGUAAAUAUUGUCUGUAACUAAUUGCAAACAUCUAAGUGCAGUCAUCACAUGACUAUAACAAAAUUGUAUGUGUGAGAUUAUCUUAACUGCUUUUGCAGUGAAAGUGACUCUCUAGUUACUUUUGUUACUAUAGGAGUGCAGAUGAUGUCAUAAUUCAAGUGCUGCCUCCCAGGGCCGUAGCCAGAAAAAAAUUUCGGGAGGGGUUUUGAAAAUUUCGGGGGGGGGGGGGGGUUGAACCCCUAGCACGCACCCCUCCCCGCUACAAACCUGUCAAUAUCUGCUUGAGAUAGUGCCUGGAGGGACUCUUAAUGUUUUGCAUCUCAUAGACUUAGCAUGGGGAUUUAGUUAACCAGUUAAAAUUCAUGAGUAAACCAGAUUUUUUUUAUAACCUGAAAAAUGUCGGGGGGGGGGGGGGUUGAACCCAUAAAACCACCCCCUCGCUAUAGGCCUGCUGCCUCCUAAGUUGUGGGUGCUGAAGCAACAGUGAGAUGACUGGUAAAGAAGUGUGUUUUGUUCUACAAGCUAGUGGUUUGUAAUAUUCAAUUUGUUUUAGUUAUGUUAAAGAAAAGAAGUUCCCAUUUAUGUUAUUAGCAAUUACACUGUAAAGGGAGGGGUGUGUGUCUUGGAACUAUUCACAUAACUAUCCUAUAUACUCAAGUAUAAGUCUUGAAAUUUUAAUUGAAAAACCUGGGUUGACUGAUCAAUGAGGUAAGUGUGAGUACGGCACUUUAACUUAACACUGGAAAGUUGUCGAGAUUUGUCCAUGAUGCUGACACAGAUGUCAGAUUCACUACAAAUAUGUAGCUCCUCAUACCCAGUUGCUCAUCCUCCUCUGGCUGGCAGUUGAAUCCUGGGGAGUUGCCUUUGCUGUGAAGAAGGGAAGGAUGGAAAAGUGACUAUAGCAAAGCUGAAAAUAGAGAAAGAAAUGAGGUGUGCUCUUAAAUAGUGUGCACUUGUCUUCUCCUUCUAGGACCCUAGAGCAGCCAGAUCUUCACAAUCUGAAUGGCACUGUAUGAGCCUAGACCUGUGAGUACCAAUAGCUUAUGAAUUAGGUCCAAUUGUGUAAUUCUGCUGAGAGGAUGGUUUCCAUCAGUGGAACCAAGAGGGGAUGAUCCUCCACCCAAAGCCCUCAAGAUCUAGCCUGGAGUGCCAGGGAAGGUGGAGAAGUUGUGUGGCAGCCAUUGCCAGUGAGGAAACGCAGUCAUGGCAUGCCAGUUCUGCUGGUCACAAUGGAGUUAACUGUUCAGACUUGAAUAGACAGGAAUGGCUGACUGUUUUGGUACUUGUGUAAUUUAAGAAAUCAUAAGCUGUAUUUAUAUAAUUAUUUAAAAUUCUACUUAUAACAGGGACUUCAGGAUUCUUGUACUGUUUUGAUCAAUUGUCAUUUUCAAACACAAAUCUUUCCAAGAAAUUGCUGACUGAUGAAUGUGGGUUCAACACAUUAUAAUAAAAUCACAACAGAUGUACACAGGGUAGUUUUAUGUACAAUGGCAAAUAGUAGAUAUUUAAAUCUAGCUAUUUCCAUGUCACAAAACAUGUAAGGUUUGUUUUCACCAUUUUCUUUCACAGACAGGUGGUGAAGUCAGUUUAUUCAUAGUAAAUGUUAAACUGAAUAAUUAUGUCAUAAAAAGAAAUACUGGGCAUUUUUUCUCUUCCAUUUUCUAAACCUGGUCUAUUAAACUUUCUAUAUGAUG